GCGAACACGAGAACCUCCUCUGGAGGGGAGAGGUUAUAAAGCAGAUAAGGAUUCCUAGGCGGAGAGCUACCGCAUCCUCUGCCUUUAGCCUGGAGCAUCGCAUCCGGAGUCGACUGCAGCUCGGAUCCAGAGAGAGGAAGAUGCUCAAGGUGUCGGCCGUAUUGUGUGUGUGUGCAGCCGCUUGGUGCAGUCAGGCUCUCGCAGCUGCCGCGGCGGUGGCUGUGGCCGGGGGGCGGUCGGACGGCGGUAAUUUUCUGGACGAUAAACAAUGGCUCACCACGAUCUCUCAGUAUGACCAGGAAGUCGGACAGUGGAACAAAUUCCGAGACGAAGUAGAGGAUGAUUAUUUCCACACUUGGAGUCCAGGAAAGGCCUUCGAUCAGGCUUUAGAUCCAGCUAAAGAUCCAUGCUUAAAGAUGAAGUGUAGUCGCCAUAAAGUAUGCAUUGCCCAAGAUUCUCAGACGGCAGUCUGCAUUAGUCAUCGGAGGCUCACACACAGUGUGAAGGAUGCAGGCGUAGGCCACAAGCAAUGGAGGGGUCCCAUUUCAUCCACCUGCAAGCAGUGCCCAAUGGUCUAUACCAACCCCGUGUGUGGCUCAGAUGGCCACACCUACUCUUCCCAGUGCAAACUAGAAUAUCAGGCAUGUGUCUUAGGAAAACAGAUCUCAGUCAAAUGUGAGGGACGUUGCCCGUGUCCAUCAGAUAGGACCACGAGUACAAGCAGAAAUAUUAAGAGAGCAUGCAGUGACCUGGAGUUCAGGGAGGUGGCAAACAGAUUGCGAGACUGGUUCAAGGCCCUUCAUGAAAGUGGAAGUCAGAACAAGAAGACAAAGGCAUUACUGAGGCCUGAGAGAAGCAGAUUUGAUACCAGUAUUUUGCCGAUCUGCAAGGAUUCACUUGGCUGGAUGUUUAAUAGACUUGAUACAAACUAUGACCUACUGCUGGACCAGUCGGAGCUUGGAAGCAUUUACCUUGAUAAGAAUGAACAGUGUACCAAGGCAUUCUUCAAUUCCUGUGACACCUACAAGGACAGUUUGAUAUCUAACAAUGAAUGGUGCUACUGCUUCCAGAGACAGCAAGACCCACCUUGCCAGACGGAGCUCAGCAAUAUUCAGAAGCGGCAAGGAGUAAAGAAGCUCCUCGGACAGUACGUCCCCCUAUGUGAUGAAGACGGUUACUACAAGCCAGCACAAUGCCACGGCAGCGUUGGACAGUGCUGGUGUGUUGACAAAUACGGAAAUGAAGUAAUGGGAUCCAGAACGAAUGGUGUUGCAGAUUGUGCUAUUGAUUUUGAGAUCUCUGGAGAUUUUGCAAGUGGAGAUUUGCACAACUGGACUGAUGAUGAAGAUAAUGAAGAUGAUAUUAUGAAUGAUGAAGAUGAAAUUGAAGAUGAUGAUGAAGAUGAAGGGGAUGAUGAUGAUGAUGGUGAUGACCAUGAUGGGUACAUCUGAUUAAUCAGAGCUGAGACCUAUAGAUUCUACAUUUCUAUUAUUUACAAAGUGAUAACCUAUUGAGAAUUAUCUUCUUGCCCUAAAAAAAAGGAUUCUAAAACUCA